AUGGGCUUCCACAAGAACUCGACUUGCAGAAAAAGAAAACUCACUGAAAACAAGAAACAAAAGAACUCUGCCUCAAAAUACGACUUUGUCAAGGUGCGUGUACACCUUUCCGAACAACAUUACUAUGUCCUUUCAAGAUUCCUACUCUGUCGCAUGCUCAUGGCAGCAAGAAUUAAAUACGGACAUGCCCUCAGAAUCGCACUCGAUCUAAAGAAAAGACUAGUUGAUAAAGCUCAGCUCAACGUUACCCAGAAAGCUCUACAAAGCGAAUUAUUCGAUUUAUUCCAACAGCACGGCUAUGGCUCUGAACACGUUCAAUGGUAUAGAACAAUGGCAAGCUUCCACCAUCAACGUAUACCGCUUGUAAUUUUGCUGGCGGGUACAAGCUCUACAGGAAAAUCAAGCAUUGCAACUUAUUUGUCCGAACGAUUGAACCUGUCUUCAGUACUAAAGACAGAUGUUGUCUAUGAUUUGAUGCAUACCAUUAUGGAUGGUACGACUCCUUCUUCUCUGUGGACUCAAGACACAGAAGAUGCCAUGGAUCUGUUAGAAAAUGAGUGUACAUUGAUUUGUCGAGGUUUAAAUUCUGACGUUUGCAAAUCUGUCACAGAUGGAAAGUCUAUCAUAAUCGAAGGCGACUUGGUGAAUCACAAGCUGCUCGACCAGAUGCACCAAUUUGUAGACCAAAGCCAGACGGUUAUAAUUGCACCCUUCUUACUAACAAUAUCUGAAUCAAGCCUACACCGUCAGUUAGUAGAUGAGACUUGUACACUCCCAAAUGAGUGUGUGGAUAAUGCAUUUAAGCGUAUUGAGGAAUGGCAAGCUUCUUUGUUGAAAACCAACAAGGAGAGACAGGCAAAUCUUACAGACCACUUACCUUCAUUUAACGUCAUCCAAGUGAAUAUGGAACAUCUGCAACGGUCAAUUGAUGUCAUUCAGGGUAUUGUUCUUGAACGCAUUGCCGCUACAAUGAAAAAUCUACCGUCCAAAUCAACUGAAUAA